AUGUCCCUCUCAUGGCUGAUACUGGUGCUUACUGUCUGCAAUAUACUCUACAUUGAUGCCAUUGUCUACAGUCCGUUUCCAAUCUUCAACAAUGUCAGCGUCACAUGGAUACAGAAAAAUGCCGAAGGUCGGACCCAUUUGCUGUUUUUCCAUGGAGAGCCAAGUUCUUGGAUUAAAAAUAACACAGGGCCACAAAGUCACCUAUCUAAAGAUAUAGUUCAUUUGGCCUGUGAUUUUAACGAGAAAAUCUUAAUUGGAGCCGACAGUGAACGACGACAGAUUUGGGGAAUUAAAUUUAUCAACGAGAAGGGACACUUAUACAACAUUUUCACUGGGACUUCAGCUGCUGUUCGAGGAAUUGCUGUGGACUGGGUCACCAAUUUGAUUUACUGGACAGAUGCAUUAUACCAGGACAUCAUGGUUGCCUCCUUCGAGACAUUCCACUCUCGUGUACACGUCCUAAUUGAUUUGACUCUUGAUGCGACACCAGCAGGGAUAGCUAUACACCCAGCAGAAGGGUUCCUCUUUUGGUCAGAUAUUGGUAAACGUCCGAAACUGGAACGAAGUACCUUGAGUGGACAAUACAAGUCAACCUUAAUCUCUCAUGGACUCCAUACACCUGUUGCUUUAGCUGUGGACCAUUUUGAAAAUCGGUUAUACAUGCUGGACACAGGACUUCAUCAACUCUUGUCUUGUGAUCUUUCUGGGGACAAUAUUCAAAUGCUUCAUGAAUUUGAUUCGAAGAAGAAAUUCUUCGGUUUGGACAUCUACCGUGAUUUUGCAUUUGUCAGUGAACAGAAAGAUUUUUCUCUCUAUGCUGUCUCCCUACUCUCUGGCAAGAUUGUGUUUAACUCCACCCUAGAGAACCAGCCCCAAGGGGUCUUAACAUGUGGACCCUGGAAACAAACUUCAAAGAGAAACUACUGUACCAGCCAUGGCAAAAGCCUCUGUCCAGGUGAGGGUCUCUGUGUUUCCAAGAAGGGCUACAAACCAGAAUGUACCUGUAUUGGAAUAGAUUUACAGAAAUCAAAGACCAGAAAACACUGUCAGCAAUCUCCAUCAAUUCUGUUACUUGGGAAAAGAAGUGGCCUUCAUUAUGUGGAACAGAACUUUGCUGACGCAAAGGGCCUUACUUCCAAGUUACUCUUACAAGGACCCUAUGAUAUUCAAGCGAUUGCAGUUGAUGCCAAACAUGGGAUUGUUUAUUUUACUGAUUCUAAAGAAAAGGUUAUUUACCGAACUUCGGUCUACCAACAGACAGAAGCGAAAGCAAUCAUUUUAGCUGUGAAAACCGUACAAGGUUUAGCGUUUGACUGGAUAACCAGGAAUCUAUAUUGGACCGAUUCUGGAAUGGAAUGCAUCAUGGUCGCCCGUUACAAUGGUUUCAAUAUUGCACGCCUGAUGCACCUCACUAACAGUUCCCUGAGAGCUAUUGCAGUCCAUCCUGCUAAAAGAUUUCUCUACUGGACUGAUGUCAGUGCUGCUAAUGCUGGUAUUGAGCGAAUCGGUCUGGAUGGUGAAAGUGGUCGGAAAAUAAUAGCCAAAGAUUCCUUUGCAGUAAGUCUGGCCAUUGACUUCCAAUUAAACAAACUGAUUUGGUUGGAUAACAUGUAUGGAAUGGUUUUCAUGAGUAACCUGAAUGGAAGAGAUAAACGCAAACUGUACCAACAUGAGGCUUAUGGAUCUCGACUUCUGGCCAUUACAGUUCUAAAGAAUUACGUUGUUUACUCUGAUUGGUACCAUGAAAACACUGGUCUCUAUACUAUCAAUAAGCACACAGGACGAUUGGUAGGGGUUCUCAAAGAACGUGACCCAAGUUUGGCUCUGGCUUUCCUUCAUUCAAACAGUCAAUUGAAAAGUACAAAUAUCACAUACCACGAGUUCCUGCUCAUUGCUGACCAGAGGCUGCGGCGCUUGUACCAAAUCAAUCUAUGGAACAUGGAAAUUAAUGCUCUUCCAAUUACUCCAUUGAAACAACCGAUUGAUAUUGCUUUCGACUCCAAAGAGAUGAUGGUCUACUGGACCGAUGCCGAAGAUGAUUCUAUCAGCCGCUCUAAACUCAACGGAGAUUAUUACGAAACAUUACUUCAAGAUUCUUCUAUAUCAUUUGGUGAAAUAGUGAUCGAACCAACCACACGGCUUUUGUAUUUCAUCGACAACAAAUCUGGCAACGUUGGAGUUCUUUCCAUGGACACAAAACACUAUCGGAUCCUCAUCCAGACCGGAUUAAACCACACUUUCGGCCUGGCUAUAGACCUCUUCUCUGGGGCCAUCUACAUAACAUCGAUAAAGAAAAAUUCAGCGUCCCUGUGGAGUUUCCAUCCUGUUCACAAAAGCAUAAAACACAUCAUGACAGACUUGAGUGACCCAAGGGGAAUUGUCUGGUGGAUCAACAAGAUUUACAUUGCUGUUUCGGGAAACAUUGAGGCAGUAAACACCGAUGAGCUUUUGGGUGGAGAACACGAGGUAGCGGUCACUGAUGUUGACCCUUACGACAUUGCUGCUGACUUUAUGUAUCUCUACUGGACAGACAAACAGUCCGGAGCAGUAAAGAGAAUAACCAGGCUGAAAGGAACCGACACAAGCAUUCUUCUGGAAAAGGACUUCUUCAUCCAACCAGUCGGACUCACCAUUUUCAAGAAGGAAAACCAAGAGACCGUUUACGAAGACUUUAACGGCUUCGUUCCAAGCGAGCUGGAAAUGAAGAAAUGGAUAAAACCAUUUUUUGCUGAAGGUUUGGGUUACUGUCAGACGCCUCUCGUUCACUUGGGUCGUUUGAUGAACUCGGUGCCAAACAUCUGGGUUCCCACAGGAACGGUGGUCGCCGCUCAGUGCUUCUCCGGUUACAUGCCUUCCACUGCAGCGGCCAUGGUUUGCCUCCAUGGAAACUGGAGCCACGUUGUUCGAUGUAUUCCAGACCCCGAGUUGCCUCUUCAUGGAGACCUGAAGAAAGGGUACAUCAAGUUCACCUCCAGUCGUCUCUUCAUUGUACCCAUUGCUUUAAAUUACAUCAACGUGAUGUGUAUCGGUGCCGGAGGUGGAGGGUACGAUGGUAAAAGUGCCUACGGCAAGGCUGGAGACGGGUGGCCAUCCAAGUUCAAAGGUCUCGUAGCUGAGGGUGGAAAAGGCGGAAGUAAGACAGAAGAUAAACAAUGA